UAGGUUUUUCUUUUAACGCGCUUUUUUUCGCUGCACGUCCUACGUUUCGGCGCUCUUUCGGUUCGUCUGGUGCGCAUUGUGUCAUGGCUUGUCGUGCUUACGUUACGUCCAAGUCAGACAUUCGUCGUAAAAAGCGAGCGGGAAGCCUCGUUCGGUUAACUUUGUCCUUCUUAAAUAUGCACUUGCUUUAGUUGUGUUUGUAUUUGUUUUAAUUGUGUAUUUUGCGACCCAUAUUCGCCCUACUUUAGCUCGCUGGCGGCGUAUCCCCAUGAAGGAUUUGCUUCCACGCAUGCGCCAAAACCGCUAACCUGUCUGUUGACCUCACCUGGGUUUAGAUUAGUUUAAUUUGAGCUAAAAUAGCGACACGUGGACUCGCCACGUUCAUUAAAAUGCAGACAACGUGACUGUUGCGUCUGUACUGAACGUCAUUCAUGGCUAUAUGAGUGAAUGUAGGUGGUGUUGUGGCUACUGGAAGGAAGUGAAGUCUUGUUUGUUGUCCCAUGUGUAUACAUUUCAGGCCAUUGCACAUUGAAUUUUCAGAUGAAACUACAGUGCAUCACAAAACAAAGCAUUCAGCCCACAGCUCGUGCAUGACAAGACGGAAGAAGUCAUGUCUUCAACAGUGGACCUCAAGACCAAGGAGGAGAAGGACGCUGAGUUGGACCGAAGGAUUGAAGCACUGAGGAAGAAGAAUGAAGCUCUGGUCAAGCGCUAUCAAGAAAUCGAAGAGGAUAAGAAAAAGGCAGAACAGGAGGGAAUUGCCAUCACCACACCACGGAAACCCCGCGCCCAUGAGCCGGCGGAGACCGGAGACCGUAGAAGGAUGGAGAAAGAAAACUUCACAAUCACGGUGGACGUCUCCAAGUCGCCUGUGGGGGGAGACAAGCGCGUAGUAGACGACUGGAAGCCCGCCACACCCCGCGGGCGGAGGGCGUCGGAGGAAGGUGACACCACCCGAGGACCCGCCGACAACCGCAGUCCCCCAAGGAGGACUGGCUCUGGGCGUAUGGCGAGGGGCGGGACGCCCAGAGGAGGAGGUGGGAGCCGCCAGGAGAGGAGAACACGGGAACCACGUACGCCCAGAGAUGGAGAGCAGGGUGAAGCGGGGGGGCGGCGAGGAGGCAGGAGGGGAAGAGGAGGAGGGGGACCAGGAAGAGGAGGAGGAGAUGCAGAAGGGACACCAGGCGGCGUGGACAGGAAGUCCAAAGAAUGGGAGGAGAAGAGACGACAAAACAUUGAAAAAAUGAACGAGGAAAUGGAGAGAAUAGCGGAGUAUGAACGAGGACAGCGGGCUGACGGCGAUAAGCCCCUCCGCAACUUCCUGGACGACCCGCGUCGCUCCGGCCCGGCUCUCGACACUGACCGCAAGGAGGGCAGCCGCAGACAUGUCCGCAACUGGGGCGGGCUAGACUUUGAUAACGUCAAGACUGGCGGCGAUCUGGAGAAAGAGUGGACUAGUCGACGACCCGGCCCAAAAGGCUCAAUGGACAUGACCAUGUCCAUGACAGGCCGCGAGCGAGCGGAGUACUUGCGUUGGAAGAAGGAGCGCCAACAAAUCGACGAGGAGCGACUGGCACGUCAUCGCAACGCCACCGGACAGUGGAGGCGGGAGUGGGACAUGCAGAAAACCGACAACAUGUUCAAGGAGGAAGCGAAUGUGGCGGCAGAGGGCAGCACACCAGAACAGGGUGGCAGGAGAGACGAUGGCAAGCGACCCCCCAAAGUGCCCACAUUCGGUGACUUCCUUUCCCAGGGCAGGUCCCAGGGGCUCCGUGGGGAGCGGAACAGAGGGAAGGGCAGAGGAGGGAAACCCAGCUACAGUAUGCAUGACAACCGCUGGGAAGGCGAGAAAGAAGACGAGGAGAAGGAGAAGAAAGACAAACCUAAGCGAGAAAAGAAGAACACGGUCAUACCGGAACCAGAGCAGAAGGUGGAGGAGAUGGAAGAUGAAGACCAAGUGGAAGAUGACGAGCAAGACGACGACCAGUGGGAAGACGCCAGCGAGGGGGAGGAGGAAGUGUCUGACGAAGAAUGCAAGAAAGAUGACGGGAAAGAGGAGGUCGGCGAAGACGGCUCCCCUGCCGAAAGCCCCCUUGAAAAGCGUACCCCGAGACCCAGGGUGCACAUCCCCUCACCCCAGCCGGCCUCGCAGAAUCCCCUGGAGGCGGGGAAGCCCAUCAGCCCCUUCCAGCUUCCAGAUGGACACCAACCUGUGUCAGACUGGGGGGAAGAGAUGGAGAUGCUUUCGCCAAGGAGUAGCAUGGGAGGGGAAAGCCCCCUGAAAUCCCAAAGUUCUGAGAGCAGUCCCCCACAGAAGAAAGAGCAAGAACAGACAGUCAGACGCAUUGAGCAAGACAAAGUCUCUUCAGUCACCCCGGUGGGUUCGUCACCUCCAGGAGUGACAGAAGUCCUCGCGUCAGAAGCAGACUCAGUUCCCGCAGACACGUCAAUAGAGCCGCUGCCUCAACUGGCUCCGUCCGACAUGCCUGACGUCACCGAACAUGAGCAAGAUGCGGCCAGCGCACGAGGCAAAGCUGAUAGUCCAUCACCGGCACCACCCACUGUCCUGGUGAGCGAGCCCACUGACGAAGGAAGCACAACUGAAGCAAAAAGGGGGAAAGACGACAAUGAUGAAAACAACUGUAACGCGUACGACGUAAAAACUGAUGUUGCUACCACAUCGGAGGGGUCAUCGGAACAGCCCAUCGCAGACUGAAUUCAACAAUGUUGGAGCGAAGUCCCCCCAAAAUAGGGCGGAAGAUGCCUUGCAGCAAGGAUUUUCACACUGUCUGACUGCAGAGAAGGUUGUCUCAUCGCUGUUUAGAUCUUUCUCACUGUUGUUUUCCCCCUAUGUCAGAGGGGAAAGAAUCAACAAAAGGAGCUGCUGGAAUCAGCUGAAGCCACGCCCUCUUCUCAUGAAGUCAACCAAUUGCAAGGCUGCAGUGAGUUUUUACUCUUUAGUAGGCCUUAGUUCUUUUAAGACACUUUUGUACUACUUUUUAUCGCUGAGGAGAAAAUAUUAUAACUGUCUGACUUAUGACUGCUGUAUAGUCAUAUGUACAUUUUAAAUGAAAGAAAAAGACUUAUGAAUUGUACCGUCCUGAAAAUUGUUGUAUGUUUACCGCAACAUCCAUAUUAUUGUAUAAAUUGCCACCCGGAAUAGAUCAUGUAAAGUGGGCAGGAAAAUUAGGGAUGUCCCGAUCUGAUCCGUGAUCGGAAAUCGGGCCGAUCGCGCCAUUUUUCAGAGGAUCUGAAUCAAGUGAAAAGGAACGGGUUUUUAAUUGUAAAAGUGUCUGUUUUUUUGCAGUUUUUUUGUCAGCAGUGCAGCUGGAGUUGGCUAGUUAAUCUUUUAACACCUGAGCCUAUUUUGUCUGAAUUUGCAUGCCUUUAAUGUUGCCUUUAUAUUUCAAAGGAAAAAUUGUUCACAAUGGCCUGGUGGGUCCCUUUUUCCAGACACCAUAACCUUCAUGUCCAAACUGUUGUUUUCUUCACCGACCAAUUAUAAUCAACAUUUUGGAUUCAAAGAGUAAAAAAAUAAAUACAUACAGUAUAUGGUGGAAAACAGACAAGGCUGAAAAAGCAGUUUCUGCUCUUGCACCACUCUUUAAAACUGCUGUAUUUUAAGCCAAAAGAACUGCCGUGUUUGAUAGAAAAAUAUGUCUAGAUGUUGCCAUAGCAGUUUCAUGGCGCAUUAAGCCCCCCCAAACUAUUUUUAAUUUGUCCGUUUUAGCCUGAAGACCCCCGUUUACAGACACCGCGCAACCGCUUUUGUUUCAACCCAGCCAUAAAAAGAAGCUAAAUAAUUAUAUUUACUUUUCGAAAUGUCUGUCAGAAGAAAAAAAAAUUAAAAGGGUAUAUAUAUAAAUGCGAACAUGAAAUUGUUCAUAUUCUCAGAGCGUCACCAUGUAAACAGCCCCUGCAGCUCUACAAUCAAAGACACGAAUGUGUCAAUCAUCUUUUAGUCAAUCUUCAUUGUCUAGAGCAGACAUGUCCAAAGUCCAGCCCGGGGGCCAAAUGCGGCCCGUGGUCAAAUUUCAUCCGGCCCCCAGCCUCUGUCAUAAAAUCAAUAACGUCUGGCCCGCACACAGACUGCAACCAGCAUAUGAAGUAGCUUACACCCGAAAUGCUGCUCAUUUACCCACUAAAAGGCAGCAGCACUUUAACCCUUUAUUGCCAAAUGUAUCGCAUUUGAUACACCUAAAAUUUCAUUAUUUUGAGACUAAUUUAGAAUUUUAACAUUUCUUUUCGAGGGGGAAAAAAAAAUGAUGGAUGCAAGUCAACACAUGCAUCUGCAGGUUCCAUGAGAAAAAAAAAAUUGCCAUGGGUUAUAGAUGUUAGAGCGGUUAUUACACAUAUUGAUUUUGACUUUUCUUUUUACAAAUUUGAAAAAAAGGUUUCAUUAGGACCUUGUUUUUCAAAUUUUGGGAUCCUCUGAUAAUUGCUUCAUGUUGCAGGUAUUUAAGGGCUAAGCAACAUUACCCCGUGUGACCCAUUACUUCCAUUUUCUAAAAUGGCGACAAUCAACAAAUAAAAAGAAAGUUUACUGUGACGGCCGAUGCUUCAAGGAUAGGUGGAAAUUGGACUAUUUCUUCACUAAAAUACGCAACACCUGUGUCUGCCUCAUUUGCAGAGACUGUCGCUGUUUUAAAAGAUUUCAAUGUGAGGCGAUAUUGCCAAACAAGACACGCUGACAUGUAGGACAAGAUUACAGCAAAGAUACGCAGCGAGAAAUUGAAGCAACUUGAAGGUAGUUUAAUUUCACAGCAGCAGUAUUUCGCAAGAGUCCGAGAGUCGAAAGAGAACGCCACAAAAGCUAGUUGCGAGAUUGUUGAAAUUAUUCAUUAAAACAAAUAAUAAAGCAAAUGUGACACACUGAUUGGCUUGCUAAAAUUCGCUUCUACAUAAAGGACGUCAGCCAAGGUUGGCCCCUCAAAUUUUUACCACACCAAAUCUGGCCCCCUUUGCAAAAAGUUUGGACACUCCUGGUCUAGAGGCUGUUGUUGGCAGCAUGAGUGAAUUUGAGUGGACUCACUCAUAUGAAUAUUUUAAUGUUAUGGAGAGUGCAACACCUUUUACGUCAUACUUUUAAUCAAUUAAAAAUGUGGGUGCGCCUACAAUUGUGUUGGUGUACCUUAACAAAAACGUUAGGCGCAAAAGUACAACCAAUGCAAAAAGUGUGUAACCUUGGCAAUGCAUAUUUGUUUUUUUCCUUUUACUAGGGGUGUGACAAAAUAUCGUAAUGGUGAUAUACCGUGAUACUUUGUAUCCCAAAAGGUUAUCGAUAUGCAACAGGAAGUAGCUGAAAAUCAACAGGUAAAUGACCUUAAAUGGCCCAAAAUUACCUCAUUGCCUGGCAUUGGCUGCAACUGACGCCAUAGACGUUCAAUCCGUUUGAAGU